UACCACUCAUUCCACCUUGUUCUCUGUUUCUUAUUGCCACGACGGCACGGUUUUCUGGCAUAAGCCCUGUAAUCUAGUUUCUGGCGUCGAGAAUAUAAACCGGCUUCGUUGUCUGGUCAGAUUGUCAUUUCGAGCCGGACAGUUUAGAUUUUGUUGCUAUUUUUAUCGGUCAUUCUUUUUUGUCUUUUCAUUCGUAUCGUUUGGACCGCUUUUAAGUUGUCCAAUUUGUUUUGUCGUGUCCGUGUUUUUUUGAAUAAAUAAUUAAUUAAGAAAAUAAAAUAUAUAUUAAAGAUUUCUCCUAUAUGCCUUAGUGGAACGCUCAAGAAAUUAUGGCGCUGCUCAAGUACAUGUCUCUGAUAACAACUUGUUCGGUAUUUGCGGCCUUAAUAUCGAUUGUGUGGCAGGCAUUUCUCUCGUUGAAACAAUUGAAUAAGGUGACACAGAUUCUAACCAGUUUGUUGGCCAUUGAAAGUCAACUAAAACGGCCUUGGGAACCUAAACCUAAAGUUGCCCUGGGCUAUGGGGCCUGCAGUGAUUUGGUAAUCAGCGGUACGGCAUUUCUCAACUAUUCCAGUGCAAUAGUACCCGACGUGCUGGGGCCAGAGUUCACGGUUGAUGAAAUCAACGAUGAGGCGGAAUUGCUACAGACAUUUGGUUAUUAUUUUCAAAAUGGAGCAGCAGCUGAAAGUAUGCCGAACCCUUACUUGUUUAGGAAAUUGAUACAAAUUGCCAAGAAACAGCAUCGAGAUGGCAUACAAUGGUUCAUUGGCGGCAAUGCCCCAUUAAUGGGUAUACGUUUUGACAAGGAAGGCUGGAAUGUGUUGUUGGGUGCUCGCAUGUCUCACAAACUGCGCCGCCUAGUACCGAAUCACAUAAAAAUUGCCGGGGAACAAGUCGAAGAAGAUGAUAUCCAUUUGAUAUUGGAAUAUAAGGCUGGUGAAACCUGGGGCCCCUUUACAGCCCCUCGAGCCAAUCGUUAUAUUCUGCACAACGACCAAAAUAAUCCCCAUUUAAAUUCACUGGAACACUUGCAGAAAGUUGUAAAGGAUUAUCAACCGGAUCUGUUUGUCAUUAGCGGUGUCCAAAUGAUGGAUAGCUAUAAAUUUGAGGUAGGCAUACGUGAGGAACGUCUGCUGAAGGUCAAUAAACAAAUCAAUGAGUUAUCACCACGAACCCAAAUCCAUUUCGAAAUGGCUUCUUAUGUGGAGAUAGAGUUACUGCUGCAAUUACGAAAAUACAUAUUGCCCUAUGUCGACUCGUUGGGCAUGAAUGAGCAGGAGUUGGAAAAUUUAGUUCAGGUCAUGGAACAUGGUAAAACCAGCUUUGCCAGCGACAGUAAUCCUCGGGUGGGGGCAACCCUGGAUCAUAUGCGUAAAGUAUUCGGCAUUUUGGCCAAGGACUAUUAUCAGAAUGCCUCCAGUGUUAUAAAGACCAAGAGACGUAUGGUCACACGUAUACAUUUGCACACCUUGGCAUUUCAGGCCAUGUUGACGGUGAAAGACAGUGCCUGGAAAAAUACACAAAUCGGGGCAGCCAAGGCUUCGUUGGUGGCCCAUCGUUAUGUGUGUCAAACACAGAUGAUAAAUCCUGAAUCUGCAAGUCUCAUCAUGGACGACAGUUUCUCAACAUCUUUGGAUGCUGAAAAGGCCCAGCGUAUUCAGUUGGAUCCCCAGAAUGCAGUACCCUGCUGGACAGAAACUUUGCGCGUGGAAACUUCCACGAAGCCAAGGGAUGUGGAGAUUGAAAUUUGUGUGGCACCUGUUUUGGUGUGUCGUGUGGCUAAGAAAACCGCCGGAGCUGGGGAUAAUAUAUCGGCCGCUGGGCUAUCGCAACAAUUGUAGAGAAGUUUGGGGGUGGACGGGUAAUGGCCUUUGCCCCAUGAAAUGCCAUGUUUUUUU